ACCAUUCAACGCAUUUUACGCGCAAAUUUGCUCGCUCCCAAGUCGUUGUAGAGCACCAACAAAAGAGGAAGAGGAAAAAAAUUAUCUCAUGAACUCAAUUGUUAUUUUUGUGAUCUAAGUCACAAAUAAAGCUCUGGGUCUUCUUCUUUUUUUAUUUUUUUUUAAUUUUUGAUCAUAAGCUAUGAAGGGAUCGUUUUCCAGCAGGUUAAAGAUCUUGUUCAGCUUUGUUUUGGCAUGGAUAGUUUUGCCUGGAUUUGUUUUGUCAGUUGUAACUGAAGAUGAUAUGAGGUGCCUGGAAGGUGUCAAGAAUUCUCUAAAAGACCCAGAUGGUAAGUUAAGCUCGUGGACUUUCAACAACAAUUCAGUUGGCUUUAUAUGCAAGUUUGUUGGAGUUACAUGUUGGAAUGAACGUGAAAAUCGCCUGCUAAGUCUUCAACUUCGUGACAUGAAUCUGUGGGGACAGUUACCUGAAUCUUUAGAGUACUGUCAGAGUUUGCAGACUUUGGAUCUGUCAGCUAACAAACUUUCUGGUACGAUCCCUCCACAAUUAUGUACUUGGCUACCUUAUUUAGUAACCCUUGAUCUGUCUAGCAAUGAUCUGUCAGGUUCCAUCCCACCUGAAUUAUCAAAGUGUGCUUAUUUGAAUUAUUUGAUACUGUCAAAUAAUAGGCUCUCAGGGUCAAUUCCAAAUCAAUUAUCCGCUUUAGGUAGGCUGAAGAAGUUUUCUGUAGCAAAUAAUGAUCUGACAGGUGCGAUUCCUUCAUCUUUUGAGAAUCAUGACAAGGUUGAUUUUGCUGGGAAUAGUGGUCUUUGUGGGGGUCCUCUUGGAAAGUGUGGGGGUUUGAGUAAUAAGAACUUAGCAAUUAUAAUUGCAGCUGGGGUUUUUGGUGCUGCGGCUUCAAUGUUGUUGGGAUUUGGGGUUUGGUGGUGGUACCAUUUGAGAUCGAUGAGGAGGAGGAAGAAAGGGUAUUUUGGAAGGCGUGAUGACAGUGGUUGGGCUGAGAGGUUGAGGGCUCAUAAGUUGACUCAAGUUUCAUUGUUUCAGAAGCCACUUGUGAAAGUUAAAUUGGCUGAUUUGAUGGCAGCAACAAACAAUUUCAAUGCAGAGAACAUCAUAAUUUCGACUAGGACGGGAACCACGUACAAGGCACUGCUUCCUGAUGGAUCAGCCCUUGCAAUCAAGAGGCUUACAAGUUGCAAGCUUGGUGACAAGCAGUUUCGUUGGGAGAUGAAUAGAUUAGGCCAGCUUAGGCAUCCAAAUUUGGCACCCCUUUUGGGAUUUUGUAUUGUGGAGGAGGAGAAGCUACUGGUUUAUAAGCAUAUGUCCAAUGGGACUCUGUAUUCCUUGUUACAUGAGAGUGUUGCUCCCAUAGAUUGGCCAACUAGAUUUAGGAUUGGUUUGGGUGCCACUAGGGGUCUUGCUUGGCUGCACCAUGGGUGCCAGCCCCCAUUCCUGCAGCAGAACAUCUGCUCCAAUAUGAUUUUUGUUGACGAGGACUUUGAUGCUAGGAUAAUGGAUUUUGGAUUGGCAGGGCUUAUGACUUCCUCAGAUGUUAAUGAGACUAGUUUUGAGAAUGGAGACUUAGGGGAAAUUGGUUAUAUAGCUCCAGAGUACUCAAGCACUAUGGUCACUACACUUAAAGGGGAUGUGUAUGGAUUAGGUGUAGUUCUUCUGGAAUUGGUAACUAGGCAAAAACCUUUAGAAAUUAACGCAGGUGAAGAAGGAUUCAAGGGUAAUUUGGUGGAUUGGGUAAAUCAUCUCUCUAGCUCUGUCAGAAUCAAGGAUGCCAUCGACAAUUCUCUCUGUGGAAAGGGGCAUGAUGAGGAAAUUUUGCGGUUCCUCAAAAUUGCAUGUAAUUGUGUGGUUGCUCGGCCAAAGGACAGAUGGUCCAUGUACCAGGUUUACCAGUCAUUGAAAAGCAUGGCUGAGGAACUUGGUUUCUCAGAACAGUUCGAUGAUUUCCCUCUGAUUUUCAGCAAGCAAGAUAAUGAAUCAGUGUAGCUUUAGAGUAAAAUUGGGAGAUGUAUGCAAAAUGGCAGUCCUUGCUUACAAAAUUCCUACAUCUCUUGUGUUAAAUUCUCAAAGGCUUCUGAUAUAUAUGACGCGAAUCUCCAUUUCAGUUGCCUUUUUGUAUUUUGUUAUAAAUAGCUGUAUAAUACAAUAAACUUGAUAAACUGUAGGCUCUUGAAUCUUCAAGAAAUCUAGUUCUUUCCUCUUUGUUUUGCAAUGAAAUUAAUACUGAAUCUUGAACAUAGAAUUCAUGUA